AUGGAUAUAGAAGAUCCAUACCACAAUAAAGAAGGGGUCGAGGGGACCGCCGUUGAUGAUAAUGACAUGCAACGGAUGGGAAAAGUUCAAGAAUUCAAGCGAAACCUCCGACCCGUGGCGGCUCUGAGUUUUGCUUCAGUAUUGCAAGCAACCUGGGAGUUUAUUCUCCUUUCAGACUAUGAGGGACUAGAGGAUGGAGGACUCCCUGGAAUGUUCUGGUCUUAUAUUUGGACUUUCAUUGGAUUCGGCUUCAUCAUUGCCUCUAUCUCUGAAAUGGCCUCUAUGGCCCCAACAUCUGGUGGACAGUAUCACUGGGUCUCUGAAUUCUCAUCACCUCGAUACCAAAAGUUCAUGAGUUACAUUACUGGAUGGAUGUCAGUACUUGCAUGGCAAGCUGGAACCGCGUCAGGAUCCUUUCUGACUGGAACCAUCAUCCAGGGUUUGAUCAGUGUCCGAAACCCAGACUACAAUGCUGAAGGCUGGCAAGGAACAUUGCUUGUUUUUGCCAUGGUUUUGGUAAUCUACGUUUUCAACGUUUACGCCUCUGACUUGAUGCCUAUUCUGAAUAACCUCCUCAUGAUUCUUCACAUUCUAUCGUGGGCAAUCAUUCUCAUUGUCCUGUGGGCAAUGGCACCUCACAGAUCAGCAGAAGAAGUUUUUGUUACCGGAUGGGAAAGCUAUGGAGGGUGGUCUAAUAUGGGAUUGGCCGUGAUGGUGGGCCAAAUCUCGGCUAUCUACGGAUCUCUGAGCUCUGAUGCAGCUGCACACAUGUCAGAGGAGGUGAAGGAUGCCGGUCGGUAUGUUCCUAUCGCUAUUGCGUGGGGAUACUUCAGCAAUGGUAUCAUGGCUGUCAUCCUGCUGAUUGCCUACCUUUUCGCCACUCCGUCUGUGAAGGCCUCUCUUGACGACGAUACCGGCUUCCCAUUUCUCUAUAUCUUCAAACAGGCCGUAUCUACGGCUGGAGUGAAUGGACUGACAUCAAUCAUUUUGGUGCCAGUCAUCUUCAGUAACAUUUUCUUCAAUAUGGCUACUUCUCGCCAAACCUGGGCCUUUGCUCGCGACCGGGGUCUGCCUUUCUCAAAUUGGAUUGGCAAGGUGGAUGAAAAGAGGAAGAUCCCCACUAAUGCGAUCAUUCUAUCGUGCAUUAUUAGCUGUGCUCUUUCCCUUAUCAACAUCGGAUCGGAGACUGCAUUCAACGCGAUCAUCUCCCUCAACGUGGCGGCAUUGAUGUAUACAUAUAUCAUCUCUAUUGCCUGUGUUAUCUAUCGCAAGAUCUGGCAUCCAGAGACACUUCCAGUUGCUCGAUGGAGCAUGGGUAAGUGGAGCCUGCCUGUUAACAUCAUCGGGCUACUGUAUUGCAUCUUUGCACUUUUCUGGUCAUUGUGGCCCACCGAGGUUCCAGUGACUGCAGCCAACUUCAACUGGAGCGUUGUGAUAUUUGUUGUUGUUUUCAUUAUCAGUUUAGUGAUGUAUGUUUUCAAGGGGCGGAAGGAAUAUGUUGGACCGGCAGCUAUUAUCCAGACCUCGGGAGCAUUUGAGCCUGAGGUAGAAAGUCGAAUAUAG